CGUUUGAAAGUUUUGGUCACAUCUUUUGGAUCGCAAGACUUGAUCACGCUUUCUGAAAAAAAUGAACGUUCCGAACGAGACGUUAUCCGAAGCGGAUAUCUCGGGACAGCGCAAAGCCGAAACUGUGGUCGACGCCAGUGCCAUUCCGGUGGUGUUGGGUCACCACUUACACGAUCUACCGACGCUACGCGCGGACCCCAAUCUUGACCACACGGACCAUGACCAAGCGGUGGCUGAUGCUCACGAUCCUCUAGUAGAACAUGCCAAUGCUAGUGUACACCAAGCACAUUUGAUGGAAGGAGGUAUCAAUCAGCAUACGCAACUUGUCAGUAAUAUUAAUGCUGCUAUCGGAGACCUAGUUGACAAUACUCACAUAGACCAACCGGAGCAACCCCAACAACAUGAAGUCCAAGAACUAGCGCAGCAGUCCGUCAUGGAGAAGGAUGCGAUUUGGGAACCUGCCGUCCACGAUGUCCUUUCUGGACGCGGUGCGUCGGUUAAUGCACACGAAGGCAACAAAAAGUUUCGAGCCUUCAGCUUCAUUCGCAAGCCGGAAUUUGAAGCCGCAAAUCAUGCUGCGAAACGACGGAUCGCCACUGAGAUUGUAACUGCUACAGUUUCCAAUUACGGGUCACGUUUCCUCAAGCGCAAGGUCGACAAGGGACCCUGGUAUGAGAUGACAAUGGAACAGGCGAUUCUAAAAGCUUGCCAGGUGAUGCGUGAUCAUCGACGUCCGGAUCGGAUCGCACAGCGAGAGCUAUCAGCAAACUCUGGAAAGAAGCGCGUUCGCGCUACAACAACGCCGCUGGAUGAUCUUCCGCUACCGCCACCACCAUGUCCUGACCAACCGAUUGUGGAAAAUCCAUACGGAGUGCACGAAUACGAUAUUUUAUGUGGACGCGGAGCCUAUGUCAACGGACACGUGGGAAAUGCUCGCCUCCGCCAUCUUGCGUUGGAGCGCAAAGCGCAAUUUGAUUCUGCAAACUAUACAGAAAAGCGAGCUUUGGCAACUGAAAUGGUUACCAUCAUCCGAAGCUUGGAACCCCCUGGGCGUUUCUUGAAGCGAGUAGAUAUGAAGACGGCCCACAAGUCGGACAACUGGAUCCUACCACCCAAGGGGGUCGAAGGUGCCUGGGAAGAGCUUGCGGACGAGAAAGCAAUACACAAGGCUUGCCAAGUGAUGCGAGACAUAGAUCGCCCUGAUCGGCGCGAACGAGAAGAGCGUCGGAAGCUCCGGAAGCUACGAAAACACAAUGUAGACACAACUGCGGAACCGCUGAAUAUUGGCAUUUCUCAGCAGUACCGGGAGCACCAGGAAAACAUGCGACUUCAACUGCAUCAGCACAGUCAGCGCCAUCAAGAUCCGUAUCAGUCCGAUAAUGAAGCGAUUCCACUCUUGGAAGAUCAGGACAUGGGCGCUUCCUCAACCAGUGAAGCUGUAGACGCGUCCGUCGUGGAAGCAAUGGAUCGUGUUUUUGAUGGUAUGCCAGAUGGCGCUAUGUCUAGCCAUCAAAGCGCAGGCGGCUCACAUGGCUUGACGUCGAUUUAA